AGAGUCUGAGGACAGCAGAGAAGAAAGUUUACUGGACGGUGAAACACGGAGCUGCUGGACUGGAGACACAGGAGACAAACUGAACCAGAGGACACAGAGUUUUCACCAACACCAAGACAAACUUCAGCCUGGUUUCCAUCCUCAGGUAGAUCUGGUUGCCAUGGUUUCCUGGAGACUAGUGAUGUUUGGACUUUUCUACUGCUUCAUCAGGACCGAUGUCACCAAGUCCCAGACGAAAGUCCUGUUUCCUGCUGCAGCCAAAGUGAAAAGAGGAUCUUCAGCAGCUGGAAAUCCAACGUUCUACAAAACCAUAAGUGAUGCCCAUUUGUUAUAUGAGAUCCUGAUGGCCGGCAUACGUUUUGAGCCCAGUGGGGAGUUUUCUGUCGACGAUGCUGAACUUUCUUCGCUCCGUCAGACCAGAAAUCUGAACUUCAUCUGUGAGGAGAUCGUUCCCAAGAAGCCAACAGAAGUGUUUGGGCUCAUAGCUGAGCUGUCGGAUCACAGCGCUUCACUGCAUCAGGACGAUUUUGAGCGACUCUUGAUGACUUUGGUGUACACAACCCAGAAGAUGAUCAGCGCUGCUUCUGUUCACCAAAGAGAAAUGUGGGCAGAGUCUUUUGUUGGUUUAUACAAAGCUAUAAAACGAGACCUGGCACGGACAAACUGAGUUCAGUGUUUAAGUUUAAUGUACAUCACUUUAAAAUUCAAUAUUAGAUGUUGCAACUGAAAGAAAUGAGAAUCAGAAAUGAACUGAACAGAAAUCAAAAUGAAGAAAUCACUGAAAUAUUCUCAGCAAAAGACGAUUCAAGUGUGAAAUCCCAUAUUUACAUCAUAUUUACAUCGGAUAUUUGAUUUAGUAGCACCUGCAUGUAACUGACAUCUGAGACCAAAAACAGAACAACUUUAAAUGAGUCACAACAAAACAAAGUGAAAAUAAUAUGCAAAUAUGAGAGAAAAAUAUCUGAAAACUUUAAUAAGCGUGUCCAUGUUGGAUUCAUUUUAAUCUCUUGUAAUUAAGGAUCCACUGUAAAUAAUAAACCAUCUUGGAUUUCAAA